CUUGUUAUUCUCCGUUGCUUUGUUGCAUCGAAUUGUGCAACUUCUGUUGGCAUAUGGGCUCCUACGUGAAUGCUCUCAUAUUGCUUGCAGGGAGCAGGUACAUCCAGCUGACCAGUCUCGAACAGGAUGAAACGCGCAUCCAGGAUUCUUCUGCCAGCCACAACCAAACAAAUUAACAUAAUUAACAUUCAGGCUAUAUUGAAACAUCCACAUAGAAGCCCAUAUACCAAUGGAGGUCAAACAAUUAGAUCCAAUUAAACAACAGAGAAUAACAAGUAUAUCAAUAAAUAGUAACACCAAGAUUAUUUCAUUAUUAUUAUUAUUAUUAUUAUUCCUUUGGGUUCCUAGUGAAACAGAGGGCUUCAGUAGCACACCUCCAUUGCACUCUCUUCUCUGCAGUCUUCUCAACCUGGCACCACGACUGCCAACAAGCUCUCAUUUCUUCCUCACACCAUCUCCUACAUAUUACUCUCGGACACCAAACUCGUUUUUUCCCAUUUGGAUUCCACUCGAGUGUCUGGUGUGCCACGUGAUGUCCCCGAAUGGUCUUCUCAGUGUAUGUUUAAUCCAAUCCAUCUCCACAUUCUUCUAUUGCAUAUUUGUUGGGUGAUAGGUUCUUGCUUCGUUGGUUGGUUACCAGCCACAGUGAGUUCAUUGUUGCUUAUUCUCAUUAUUCUGGUCAUAUGAUCUUCAGUAUUGAGCCAGCAUAGGCAGCUGUUGAUGAACGUUUGUAGUUUGUUGAAAGUGGUUUCCGUGACACACCAAGUUUCUGAAAUAUCAUCACAUAGAAGCACUGACUUGACUGACAUUGGUGUUGAAAAUCCGGAUGUUGUUCACGCUUUAUGCUGAAUGCAGUAAAUCUCCACACUGAUUAUUUCAGAUUAAUGCAGGAAGGCCUGUCUUGCUGUCUUUCCUAUCCUGGUUUUAACAUCCUCUUCUGCGCCUCCGCC